GCAAAUUGCAAAAUGGCGAUCGCGUCUCGUCGUAAAACACAUAUUGCACUUCCGUUUGUGUAGCGGCGAUCAUGGGCCGCAGAUCCAAGUGUUGUAAAUUCUCUUGGUUCGUGAAUGAUGGUGUUGGUAUUGGUUGUGCAAUUUUCACGUAUUUGCUUAUAGGUUAUGCCGAAUUUGUCGUUGUUUUUGUCAUGCUUUUACCCGAAGUUGUCCGAGCAGCUGCUUUUGGCCUGUUCCACGCCACCGCUUUUACUUUUUUUGCGUGUCUGGCUCUUGUUGCUCAUAGUAGAGCGAUGUGCAGUGAUCCUGUAAGUACUUUUCCUUUCGAUAGAAACCUGUUAAAGGGAAGUCGCAAGAUCAUAUUACUUGCUGGGCUCUUAAGAGCGCCGACCAUUUAACUGUCUGCAGAUUUAGUCUACCAGCUGCGAAUUAAUUGUAAUGUAUUGACAUGAGUAUGUUUGCGUUCAAGAGUUAUGUUCUGAUAUUUGCUGUUUUUAACGUAAGGGUCUCAUGAUAGUGAAGCUUUAAAGUUUCAGUUGCUGCCCGAAGAUCUCUAAGUGGAAAGAAUACAAAACAGACAAACAAACUGAAAUUAGAAAUUUUGUCGAUGUCAUCCUAUAUAUUGUAUCGCAGUUCGUGCAUAUGAUUGUCAUGUUUUUCAAAUGUAGCAUACUUUUAGUGAUACAUUUUGUUUAGAGCAUUUUUUUUCUUUUGAAAAUAUAUUUUGCUAUUAUUUUACUCUGUUUUAUUUGGUAUCAGGUAGACUGACCAACCGAAAGUUAAAUCAGUGUGGAUCAAUAAAAGCCAUAUUAAAAAGCUUAGCAAAGCUUAGCUAACAAUCUUUAUUUGGAUAUACUAAUGCAUUUUUCUGUUUUUAUUUAUUCUUUUAGGGAAGUAUCCCUUUAGGAAAUUGUACCACUGAAAAUUUAAAGAAACUGCAGCUCAAGGAAGGAGAAGUGGUGCUUAGAUGUACCAGAUGUGAGUGUAUAAAGCUUGAUCGUGCACAUCAUUGCAGGUACUGUACUAAUGUUAUCACUUAUGAACCUUUCAUCCCCAGGGGGAUCUCCAGGCAAAUACAACUUCGUAUGGGGACUUAUUGGGGGAUUUGGUUUACAAUACCGCAUUGCACUGCCGGGAAAACCUGGGACUUUGCAUGUGUUGCAAUUAGGUUGAUUUCAACUUGUCUUAAAUCAAGGAGAUAUAGACCACUCAUCCAGAAGAUCAUGGGCUUGAUUCUCUCCUCCUGGUGGAAAUAAUGGCAGAUUUAGCAGACUGUGUAGAGUCUCAGUUAUUGUUAUGUAAAUUGGUUUAAGGGUAAAUUACCAUUUUCUAAUUAGGUACUUAAGCUGGUUCAUCCUAAUGGGUGAUUCCAGAAAAUAUCCAUACCAUACCACGGGCGGCAUCUUGGAAUUCCGAGGGAGAGGGGGGGUUUCUUGGACUGGAAUUCCGAAGACGUGGGGGGGUAACGCAGUUUGGAAUUCCAAAGGCAUGGGGGGGUGUUUCAGCUCUGAAUUCAGUGAAUUUCCAGAGGAAAGACGGCGAAAGCUCCGCUUGAAAUCGCUGACCUGUUAACAUUCCCAGUUUGUAAAUGAAGCACGAACCGACCACGGAAGAAGUAUGCGUUCAUGCAGAUGGGUAAGCCGAUGGGUUGUGCAGCAAGCUCCACAUCGAAGAGGCCUUAAAGUUGAUGAAUUAGUCAACUGAUUAAUAAAAAUAUAACCAAGUCGGUGUUUCUCGCCGAUUGUCGAUCGACGAUGUGUUGUUGCGUGCUGAAAACUCGCACCAGUCUCUCGUUUCCAAAUAGAACGCCUGACAGAUUUUGUAUUUCACGCCGAUUUUCACGCCAACAUGUAGGUAGUAAAAUCAGACAGCGUGCCUUUUGAUGCGCUGGUGUCUAGCGGAAGGAAGACUUGAUUUUCAUUAAUGUUACAGUCAACAAAUUUGUUUCAUUUUACGGCGGUUCUGCACAAUUUUCGAAAUUUGCUACGUCAGCUCGGUGUCUCUACUGAUCAUAGUCAAGGAGAUUAUUUUCACUAUUAAGACAAUUAUUUGAAGCUUUGUGCAAGUACAACAUUCGGACUGGAUUAUGCGAUUGCAAGACAAAAUUGUAUUUAUAAAUAUAAAGGCAAUAUACAAACAACUGUUUACCGGUCAUGAAAGUACUCACGAGUAUAUCUUGUUGUCUUUGAGAAAGUGAAAGAUUCAUUUCUGUCUUGAAUUUACAAAAUUAUGUUUCAAAUGCAACGUAAGCAUAUACAUGUGAAACAUUGUUUUCGCCCCUAAGGGUUAUUGUAGAACUAUGGGUUUAAAAAUAUGUUGUACAUGUUGUACCCAUUCGGUCCGUUCGUACUCGUUGUGUUCUGCUUGUAAAACGUAUGCUGCAUAACUAGUGGUCAGCAGUUAAUCAAUGAGGGAAAUUUUCAAUACGGCGGGUGACGGAAUAUCGAUCGUAAACUUUACUCUUGUCAGUGUCCACUGGUAUCAAUACGAUCUACUCCUGAAAAUAUGACGGUAUUGAAUGGAAAACAAAGAGUUCUAUUAGGUGGUAAGCAUCUUAAAGAUAAUGCUUAGAAGGAAUAGCUACGGUGUACUAACGUUAACAAACUUGAGUUGCUUGAUCGUCUGACUAAAAAUUGUGAACAGAAUUCUUUUGCAGAGGGAAAAAGUGCAAGUUUCUCGUUCCUUUGAAGAUUUAGGCAGAAGAACAGGAAUUCCAAAGGGUCUGAAACAAAAGUGGAAAAUUCCAGAGGAGAGGAGGGGUUAGCGAUUUUGGAAUUCGGAGGGCAAGGGGGGGAUAAGCAUUUUGGAAUUUCCGAGGGCAAGGGGGGGUUAAAAUACUCAUGCCACCCGUGGUAGGGUAUGGAUAUUUUCUGGAAUCACCCAAUAGCAUCUCAAGGUUACUGUCAUUUCAUGUUGUUCAAUUUGGUACCCCUAUGGAAGGUUGAAUAUAAAGUUUAGCUUGCAAUAUCAGAAACUUCCAAAAAUAGAUUGCCUCGAUGGUAAGGGCACCCGAGCUCAGGAUAUGGCCAUGUGAUACCAGUCAGCAAUUGCCUUAUUGUAGCAGCUGUCAUUUUAUUUUGAUGUGGAUGGUAUAUACAACAAUGUAAGACUCUCAGAAAAGUGGUAGCAUUAAUUGUCAUUUUAAUGUGACUGUUGACAUGUUUGUUUUAGCGUAGAAUGUCAAACUGGCUUACAAGGCCAGUGAGGACAGUUAAUUGACCUGUUAGACAGUCAGUCAUACACUGUAUGUAUAGUCAAAUGGCCAACCAAAAUUUUUCUCAUCAAAAGGUUACAAUAUCUUUUUAUUGCCAUAUGGAGAGAGUAGGUAUAUAUGUUUCUGUAUAUGUUGUAGUUAAUUUUUUAUCUCAGGUAAUUUCUGUUUUUCUUUCGCUUUUGGGUAUGGUAAUGUAUGCUAAUGAAGUUGAAACAAAAGAAAAAAAUUACCUGGGAUAAAAAAUUAACUACAACAUAUAUUAUUUUAUUGCCAUAGGGGCUCUGAUUGCUCUCCACUGCAAUUUGCUACUGCUGAAUGUACUUUGAUCUGAUAAUAGAGUAGUGAUGUUAAUAUUAUAUUUAAGGUAUUUAAUACUCAAUAUGGUUGCAGAGGUACAAUGAUAUAUUUAUGGAGGUUUUACUCACUUCUGCUCUUUUUGUCUUUGCUCUUAGCACUUGUGAGAGAUGCAUUAGGUAAGUCUUUCAUUGUUUUUUUUUUCUGAUAUACACUAUAAAGAUCUCCACAUUUUAACAUCUUAUAUUCUGCGAUAAUAGUAUUUUCUCUACCUCUGUAGUGCCUCUCUGGGUUUGACCUUAUUCCCAGUGGUUUUUUUCAACACUUUUAGGAUCAACGUUCCCCUUUGAUCUUUGUUCUUUAAUCCCAAUUUCUCUUCCUGAAGCAGAUAAUAAUUAUGUGCUUAUUCUUUUAUUGAGUUACAUGUGGGUUCACACCCCACCAGUUGCCAAAAACCCCUGCUGGAAAGACUAGCAAACCAGAUCAGAUUACAGACCAUUUUAGCUUAACAGUUGUGUGCCUAGUACCACAACUUUGAGUGAAUCUAAGGCUGAGUCGAAAUUGCUUGUUUCGAUAAAAACCUUGCCACUUAUCUUCUGGAAAAUAUAUAUGAACAGCAUGGGGAUUAGGAUGUUACUAUGGUUUACAUAAGAAAGCAGGAAGGGUUGUAUCAAACCUGCCCACCCUUGAUUCCACUUAUAACAUACUUGUCAGUAUGCAGCAAAUUCUUAGUACAAACUUGCAUUCAGCCAGGAAAGGUCUACAGUGUUCUGAAAACUAUCCCAAGGUUUUUUUAAGAAGACUUUUAGUCUAGGAAGUUAAUUCUGGUUUUGUUUUCACUCUCUAUUUUGCCAGAAAAAUGGAUCAUCACUGUCCAUGGUAAGGCAUACAAAUGCUUUUGUAUUUAUUACAAAUUUAUAACAAUAAUAACACUAUAUGUUCAUUAGAGAACAUUUUUUAGCAAAGUAUUUUUUAAGAAAACUUUUUAGAAAGAAAAAAACUGCAGGAAUACUUUCCGGCUCGGUUCAAUUUUCAUCCAACCUCUUGUCCUUCUAUUAAUGAACUAUCUCUUUUUCUGUAUAAUCUUGAGUUAAUUACUGCUCCCUCUUUGUUUUUCUUAUAGGAUUAAUAAUUGUGUUGGUGAAGAUAAUCAAAAAUUUUUUGUUUUAUUCACGGUGAGUAAUUAACUAUUGUAUCUUUUGUUAUUCAGGUUGAGUGAGCCCUUAAUCUUUUUGGGUAAUUUUGUUUGCAAGUUCAUGUAACAUUUUAUUGAUUUUGCCAACACUAUCCAGAAAAAAACACACACACACACACAAAAGUAGAAACAGGGGCCUUUAUGAGGACCUCAAAGUCAGUUUAUUAAUAAAGUAUUGUAAGAUUAUAAGUGUGUGCUUGAUUGCAAAACCCACCAAGACAUAAAACAAACCUUAUAUAGAAAUUAAGUAUUGACACUGCCAAAAGCACUAGCAGGAAAAAAGAGAAUGUAUACCCCUGCCUGCUGAAAUCAGCUGUGGUGCUGACAACUCGGCGGUAGAGGUACGAGGAAACUAAGCAACUGCCAAAUGCCUAUAAACACAUAAUAUUAUAACAAAAUUAGCAAAAAAAAACAUAUUUGGAGCUUGAGUGAAUACUGACCUAUAAUGAAUAACAGUACAGAUCCUAGAUGGCUACCCAUUAUUUCUUUUCAGUGGACCCAGUCCUCUGGUCUGUGUGGGUAAAAAAAUAGUGUACACAUAUGCGCCCUGUCAGAAAUACCAUUUUUGUCAAGUUAAGAGUGUUGUGGGUCUUUGUUUUUGCAGCUCUACAUUUUUACAAUAUCAGUGUAUGCUCUAGCUUUAACAAUCAGACAGCUGUUCAUUUGUACAGAGAAAGAAUGGCAAGGUGAGAAAGAUUUCCACUAUACUAACACCUUAAAAGUCUGUGUAACCAUUUAAAUAUUUCUAUAGCCUGCCACUAUAACCAUUAAAGUGCAAUAACAACAUCAACAUUAAGCACUCUAACAUCUGACCAUCAAUCUAGUAUUUUUAGAAUUAAAUGCAUGCACACAAUCCAAGGCUAGCCCUUUCAAUCACAAAUAAAAUUAUUGCUAAAGGCAAUUUGCCAAUGACAUCUUUUGACUUAACUACUACCAGAAUCCUUCAGGGUUUUCCUUUAUUAUGCAGGUCAGGGCUUUUGUUGUUUAAACGUUGCCAGGAUUACCAAAUUUAAGUAAAAGAAGGAAAGAAAAAAAUGGAUUCUGACCAGUAAUAGCAGCAAAAAUGACGCCUCCAUGCAAAUGACCCAUUCAGGCAGAAUGACCCAAAGGAUCUAUAUCUCUUUCUUUCUCCAUUAUUUUCUGUUGCUUCUACUCACUCCACCCCUGCUAUGUUGUCAUUAUCCACCUCUUCUUAUUAGCUGUUUCUGUUCCCAACUACCCCCUCAGUUAUCCUACAAGGACCAAGACCAGGACCAUUUUAACGCCACUACCCACACCCACCCAGCUGCUAUCAGUGUGUUCUUUUGCUUACUCCAUUUCGGCAUACUCAAGGGUAUGAUCAAGAAACUGACUCUGCAUGAAUUGAGCAAGAUCUUUGUUGAGCAUACACUGCAUGUUGCUACGAUACAGUUUCAAACCCAGGCCUUAUAGCUGUGCACUCGGCACAAAGGGGUCAGUUAUGACCAUUGUUUUAUAAAUGACUAGAUGCUCUCACCCUAAAAAACCAGUUUGAUGAGAGAAAACAAGAUUGACUUGUCCAGAAGGUCAGGCUGCAUUGACUUCAAAGGCGUAAUGUGAUUCAGGCAGAGCCUCAUUUUGUCCUCUUCACUCAAAAAGACAAGAAGAGGCGUCUGCUCACAGGGUGCCCACACCAUCCCUUGUAAUGCUCCCCUGUAACCAAUACCCACACUACACCCAUGAGGUCUUUAUAUGACUAGUACCCACUCCUUCCAUAAUACUAAAAUUAUUGUUCACUUUCUUUUUUAUCCCAGCAGAUUGUACAUUUUUACCAAUCGCGUCUGCCAUUCUGUUAAUGAUAUUUCUAGUGUUUGAGGGAUUGUUGUUUGGAAUUUUUACGCUUGUUAUGUUUUGUACUCAAGUCUCUUCCAUUGUCAAAGAUGAAACGGUACGUCUGUGAAUAUUUUGCCUGUAUUAGAUAGAGGGAUGUAUCUGGCCCGAAGUUUCUAUUUAAUAAUAGUUAGCCUGGCAGAAAGAGACUUUAAAUGCUCGAAGAAUUGCGAGUGACACAGUAAUUGGUCACAAUUUGUUCAUUUUUUUUUUUCAUGAUUUUUCUUCUUUAUAUGAGGCGCGCGCCCGAUGCUAAUUCAAAGUCUUCAAAGGUAUUCUUUAAAUUGUCGAGAUAUGAAACACGCGGCCUAGAGCCCAUAACCCGACGGAGUGAGCAACUCUCAUACUGUGCAGACGUAUGUCGCGGCGUUUUCUUAGACCGGUCUAUUUUUAGACACAAUUUAGACUACUUUCUCCCGCAAAAAUGGAACUUGCACUUCCGUCGGUCUAUACCUUUUCAUUCGCACUGAAAUCAAUCUAAAAAUAAGCUUGUCUGUGAAAACGCUAUGACACGAAUGCAUGGAAGUUGUUCGCUUCGGUUUAUAGGCUCCUGACACGGCUUAAAUCAACGUAGCCACCUAGGCAGACACUGGGAAGGAAUGUGUAAAAGCUAAAAGUACGUCUGCACAUAGGGUAACGUCGGUAUGAACGUUUGUAUAACUUACGCAAUGGUCUAAAUUCGCUCUAAAAUCGAGAUAAAAAAUUAAUUAAUAUGCUAGUCUGUGAAAACGCUAUGACAGGAAUCUCCUCCCUCGCGCGUGGUCUCGCGCCUUAAUUCCCUUCUCCUUCCCUUUCGAACGCCUGGCACGCAGGCUAGCAUGGAAGUUGGGGUUAUAGGCUCCUGUAAACGUUGCCACAAGGCAGACAAUGGGAACGAUUGCGUGAAAACCAAAAGAUCGUCUGCAUAGAGGGCAACACCAGCGGUAAGACUGAAAAAUUUAAGGGUUUGAAGAAAUACAACAAUAAUAAUUUUACGUUUUUUGUUACUUUUCCACAGGGGAUAGAAAAUUUAAAGAAGGAAAGAAUAUCUAGAAAGAACACAGUGUAAGUGUGGAUUGCAGAAUUGAUGGAAUGCAUACUGACUGUUUUUGGUUGCAAUGUCAACAUGCAAAUUCCUUUACAUUCUUUGACUUGUUUAUUUACCCAUUCGCCCAAGUAACGUGGUCAAAAGUCGACUAAUAAUUAUUUAGACAAAAGAACUGUUUUUAAAACAACUGAAUCGCAAUUAACCCCAAAAGACACCAAUCUGAAAGUGGCGCAGGCUUCAACCGAGCUCUGAAGCCGGAAACAAGUUAUUUUGUUGCACGUUUGUUACCCUGCGAGCAGAAGUUUCUUUCUGGCAUUGCUUUUAGCAUUUACGAAGUCAUUUGCGUCACUGUCAGUUUUUUUACGCCCCCGAGAGAAAACAAACCAACUAAGCAACUGACGAGCCACACAAACGACUUCGUAAACGCUAAAAGCCAUGCAAGAAAGAAACCUCUACUACUCGCAGAGUCACAAACAGUACAAUCAAGUAGGAACUAUUCUCUACCUCGAAUCCCCCAUAAUGCACUCUAUUUUCUCCCCAGCAAGAGUCUCUCUCGCCCCAAGUUAAAUCUCGUCUUCGUCCCCGAAUCCAAAGGUCUCUGUCAUUUAAGAGGGAUGAAAUUUGGCGCGAGGGAGAAGACACUUCUCUCUUGCCUAAAAUCCCCUUUUUUUUCCCUUUCGAACGCCUGCCACGUAGGCUGAGUAAGGAGACAACUAGGAAGGAGUCAGCCGGAUAGGUACUUCCCCUAAGUACCCCUCCCUGCCCCAAGACUCCAUACAGUAUGUCAGGAUUGUUCUUUAUAUGGGUAUUUCUUUACGCAAAACCAUAUACCUGUGGGCAAAAAUAUUGGCUUUCCGUCCUGAACUAAGACUAAAAUCUACAAUUUACACGGCUAGGGUAGAUGACGAGCAUCCCCUCCCCUCCCCUCCCCUCGCGCAUUUUUGUAAACACUUUCGAACUGGUUUUUCUACACCAUUGAAAACCAAUUUGUUCAGUAACCUUUUCCCUUAGAAUCAUUACUUUUUUUCUCGUUUCUUCGCAGGUAUGAAAAUCUGCAAGAUGUAUUUGGAGGAUAUUUUUCUAUUUCUUGGUUUUCACCCUUCUCGUCCGGACCCUCGCGGCGUGCGAGCUAUGCCUUUCACGAAGUCUAGAAAACACUGUGCUCAUUACUUUGUCUACUAUGUACUUACUUACUUACUUAGGCUUUUCAAUAGCUAAUACUUAACAGGGGGCGCAUACUCCACUUACUUAAAUCCUUGCUCUCAGGUGUUUGCCUACUGUUCGGUAGUGGUCAAACAAAAAAACUCUUAAUCCAUUGUCUUCGGGCAUAGCCCAGUGAAUAAACCGUCCCAUACUCGGUCGGUUUGUAAGACAACCUUUUUGUUUUAAACGCGAGACAGGUAGUUAUCGCGAACUGCGAGAAGGUAGUUAUCUAGGGGUAAGGUAGUCGGUCCACAGACGUUUUUCUUUUCUUUUCCUUCCUUUUUUAAUUUGAUUGUUUUGUUUUUGUUUUCUGUUCUGUAUUGUUUCGGUUUUUUUCGACAAUUCGACAGCAAAGGCGCAAAAGUUUCUUCUUUCUCCUUUAUGCCAACCUAUCCCAUAAUUUCACAAACUCGAAUUUUCGUGACGUCACACUUCUCUAGCAGUCAUAAAUGCCCCACUUUCAUUGAAGAAAGCUCAUUUCCUUCUUUUUUUCUUCUCAACGCAUAGUGGAAGGAAGGCGACAAAUAGCAAGCGAAACAAGUGCGAAACGUCUGUUUCCAGUUCGCGUGUUCAUCGAAUAAAGUAGAAGAGCUGUGAACGUCUACCUUAUCUGAGAACGUUGGUGCUGUUAUUGUGUCUGAGACAAAUAUUCAAUAUUUUUCCUGGCUAGACUAUAGUUUUGCAUCGUUAGUUAGUAAAGCACCUUCAAUAGCAACACCAGAGUUUAACGUAAUUAGUCAUGGCCAUAAUAUUCAUUAAACUAGUCAAUAACCAAUGGUUACGACAAACGGGCAUCAACGAUGGAAGGUUAAAACUCUUUUGCUCCAACGCUGUGCCUGCGUAAGUUUCACUUGACAGAUGGUAAAAACACGCGUGAUCAGAUUACGAGUGAGAGCGGAACGUUUCGAGUGAGAGGGAAUCCGGGAAAAACACUUAAGGAGCUGCAUCCGCAUGUUUUUCGGAGGUGAUGAGUUGGGUGGGGAAGGGUUAAGAUUCCACCUUUCGUACAUAACUUGAUAAUGCACGGAUGAGGACAAGGUUAUAAAGGUAAUUUCUUGCUUAGACCACGGCGCGUCUCGCCUUUCUCGCCUGUGCUGAUUUUCACGCGCGCUCGCGUUUCGCUCGUUCUACUAUCCCUGAGGAAAAAUAGGGACUACUCGUAGUCUAUUUCUUGUUAAAAACAAGCAUAAAAAUCUUCUUGGCCGUAAAAAUA